AUGAUAUCAUCAAAACUAGUGAAUUUUUCAAAAUACAAUACAAUUAAUAACUUCAACUAUUUCUUUAAUAAUACUACAAAGAAUUUAGUAAUAGAUAGAAAUUUUAUAAGUAAUCAAUUAUUAAUUCGUAAAAAUCAAACUCCAAUAUUGAAACAAGAAGAUCAUCAAACUAAAAAUGUUAAAAAUUCAUUAAAAGAUGAUUUAAAUUCAAUUUCGUCAUGCAAUUCCCCAAUUUCAACAAAUUAUUCAGUUAUAGAAAAGGUUGCAUCUAAAGUAUUAACUUGUCAAGAACCACAAGCUUCAUUAUCUCAAGGUUUACCAUUUAAAAUUUCACCAAAACUGUCAAGAAACAACAAUAAAAUUGAAACUUUAUCAAUUCCUAAAAAUAAAUCGGAAUUUCGAGUGGCAUUAAAUUCUUAUAUUAAAUUAACUAAACCAAAUUUAACAAUUUUAGUUACAUUAAGUGCAAUUUGUUCAUAUGCUAUUUCUCCAUUAUCUGUUACUUUGUAUGAAUUACUUUUUUUAACUUCUGGUACUGCUUUAUGUUCCGGUGCUGCGAAUGCAAUUAAUAUGGGAAGAGAACCUGAUUUUGAUAGAAAAAUGCCUAGAACUGUUGGAAGACCUGUUGUAAGAGGUUUAAUUUCUCCCAAACAAGCUUAUAAAUUUGCAAGUUUAACUGGUACAUUAGGUUGUUUAACACUAUGGUUUGGAGUAAAUCCUACUGUUGCCAUAUUGGGAUUUUCAAAUAUUAUACUUUAUGCUUGGAUUUAUACUUCAAUGAAAAGAAAAUCAAUUUUAAAUACUUGGGUAGGAGCAAUAGUUGGAGCAAUACCACCACUAAUGGGAUGGGCAGCUUCUUCUUCAUUAAUGCAUCCAGGUGCUUGGUGUUUAGCUGGUUUAUUAUAUGCUUGGCAAUUUCCACAUUUUAAUGCUUUAUCACAUAAUAUAGCUGAUCAAUAUAAACUGGCAGGUUAUGUAAUGACUGCUGCUGAAAAUCCAAAAUUAAAUGCUAGAGUAGCUUUACGUUAUUCAAUAUUGAUGUUUCCACUUUGUUUUGGAUUAAGUUAUUUUGGUGUUACUGAUUGGGUUUUCCCAUUUGAUUCGGCAAUUGCAAAUGCUUGGUUAACUUAUUUAGCAUUUAAAUUUUGGAAACAACAACAAAUAAAUUAUAAACCUAGUAAUAUUAAAAUAAAUAGUGAAGGAAUCAAAUUGGCUGGUAUAUAUGCUAAAAAAUUAUUUUGGUGUUCGGUAUGGCAUUUACCCGCUGUUUUAAUUUUAGCUAUGAUACAUAAAAAAGAUCAAUGGAAUAGAAUAUUAACUUAUUUUGGUUUUAAAAAUGACGAUAAUCAAACUAUAUUAAAUUAA